AGAAAAAGCGAAGCAGAAAAACCACAACAGCGUCGUUGCUAAUACUGUUUCGCCCGAGUUCCUCUUUAUGUUAAUAACACACACACACACACAAACCGACAGUUUGACAGCAAAGGCGCGCUGUGUGAGCUACAGCAACAACACUAAAACACUAGCUGCCAUUUUCGAAGCGGUCUGAUAUACUUCAAAGGGCAAGCGUUGACUCGGUUGCAGAGACGAACAUGAAUUUCUCGUGAACACAAAAAAAAAGAGGAUUAAUUCCCAAACAAAACGAUGGAUGCUAUCGGGGUGUCGCUUUUGAACCCGCUGGAUGACUAUGAACUGAUCCACCGGGUCGGGAGCGGAACUUACGGGGAUGUCUUUAAGGCUCGAAAUAUCAAGACCUCAGAAAUGACAGCUAUCAAAGUGGUUAAACUGGAUCCUGGUGACGAGAUCUCCUCUAUCCAGCAGGAGAUUACGAUGAUGAGAGAGUGCAGACACCAGAACAUCGUGGCUUAUUACGGCAGCUACCUCAGGAACAGCAAGCUGUGGAUCUGUAUGGAGUUCUGUGGAGGUGGCUCUCUGCAGGACAUUUAUCACGUGACUGGACCUCUCAAAGAGAAGCAGAUUGCCUACGUCUGCAGGGAAACGUUGCAGGGUUUACAUCACCUCCACAUCACGGGCAAAAUGCACAGAGACAUUAAGGGAGCAAAUAUUCUGCUGACAGAUAGAGGAGAUGUGAAGCUGGCUGAUUUUGGGGUGGCAGCAGAGAUAAAUGCUUCAGUGGCCAAGAGGAAGUCUUUCAUAGGGACCCCGUACUGGAUGGCCCCGGAGGUAGCUGCAGUGGAGAAGAAGGGCGGAUACAACCAGCUGUGUGAUAUCUGGGCGGUGGGCAUCACUGCCAUCGAGCUGGCAGAGCUGCAGCCACCCAUGUUCGACCUGCACCCCAUGAGAGCCUUGAUGCUAAUGUCCAAGAGCAAUUUCCAGCCCCCCAAACUGAAAGACAAAGGAAAAUGGUCGACAGAAUUCCAGAAUUUUAUUAAACUGGCCCUUAACAAGAACCCAAGGAAACGACCCACAGCUGAGAAAUUAUUGCAGCACUCAUUCAUGACGCAGAUGCUGAGUCGGACCCAAGUGAUCGAGCUGCUGGACACAGUGAAUAACCCUGACCUCAGCUCCGGACACUCCAUGGACGAUAGUGACCUGGAGACCUGCGACGCCUUUCCUGAUAAAAUCCACUCCAUUGGGAAGCACGGUAACGUGGAGCGGACGCGCUCCGAGGUCCAGUUUAAUCAGGUGAAGUUUUGUCCUCCAAUGCGAAAGGAAACAGACCCUUACCCUGAACUGGAGCAGUACGAUGACUGGAGUAUCGACGGUGGUGAGAAAAACAGCCCGAGUCUUUUGGAAUGUGUGGAAGAGGCCUUGAUGGAAAGGAGUGUAACGAUCAAGAAGGCCCCUUCAACAGAGGCAGGGUCCAGCACCUUCAAGCGGUCAGCGGCGGCCACUCCCUCACCAGUGUCCACCCAGCCGUCCCUCCUGGACAUUGCCAGCAGUGACCAGAUGAGCAGAGCCAAUGCUAACUGCCAGGAUGUAAAAGAACUCAAUAUGAACUCCAUGCUGGACAGUGCAGGACAGCAGGGCAGCGAACAGGCUACAGACGCCCCCCUCUCUCCUGAAUGGGCCACACUAAGGAGGAAAACAGACAACUCGGGUGCUGAGUGUCACGGUCUACCACCUACUCCCAAAGUCCACAUGGGCGCCUGUUUCUCCAAAGUGUUCAACGGCUGUCCUCUCAAAGUGAACUGCGCUGUCACGUGGAUUCGACCAGACACAAGAGAUCAGUACCUGAUCCUGGGUGCAGAGGAGGGAAUGUACACUCUGAACCUCAAUGAGCUUCAUGAAGACACCAUGGAGAAGCUCGUCCCUCAGAAAUGUACCUGGCUGUAUGUAAUGAAUAAUGUCUUGAUUUCUGUAUCCGGGAAGUCCUCCCAACUCUAUUCUCACAACCUGACAGCUCUAUUUGAUCAGAAGAGACAUCUACUGAAGAGGCAAAGCCAGCUGUCCCUCAGCACCAACCGGCUGACUGAACGAAUCAUCCCCAGGAAGUACGCUGUCUCAACCAAAAUCUCCGAUACCAAGGGAUGCCUGCGUUGCAGUGUGGUGCGGAACCCCUACACAGACAGCACGUUCCUGUGUGGAGCCCUGCCCUCCAGCCUCGCCCUGCUGCUGUGGUACGAGCCCCUGCAGAAGUUCAUGCUGCUCAAGCACUUCGUGGUCCCUCUCCCAGACCCCCUGCCUGUCUUUGAGCUGCUGGUGCAGGGGAGUGACGAGCUGCCACAGGUGUGUGUGGGCGUGCGAGAGCCCGUGCGAGCCAAUCAGGAGCUGGAGUUCGACAUCAUCCAUCUCAAUGACACGGCCAGCCCCAAAACAGACAGUUUGCCCUUGAAUGCUGUCCAGGUGACCCAGCUGGACCGGGACACUGUGCUCAUCGCUCUGCAGAAAACUGUGAAGGUCGUUAACUUGCAAGGAGAGCCGUCCAGAUCACUGGCGCCAGAGCUGUCCUUUGACUUUGCCAUCGAAACACUGGUUUGUCUGCAGGACAGCGUGCUGGCGUUCUGGAGGCACGGCCUCAAGGGGAGGAGCCUGCAUACUAAUGAGAUCACUCAAGAGAUCAUUGAUGAGUCAAGGGUGUUUCGAGUGCUGGGGACCAACAGGGAUAUAAUCCUGGAGAGCACCCCAACAGACAACCCCUCAGCCCUGAGUAACCUCUACAUACUGACUGGACACGAGAGCAGCUACUGAGAGCACACCCUCCACACAGGACAGGAGGGGCAACCUGACUCGCAGGACAGCACCCCGCCCUGUGAGCGGGGCACUCUGACUCGCAGGACAGCACCCUGCCCUGUGAGAGGGGCAGCCUGACUCACCAGCUCUGACCGUCCACAAGAGGGGCCUCGGUGUGUCUCAGAACUCUUAAGAACUUCCAAUCAUCGUUCAAAAACCAAGCGAUCGCAAUAAAAGGAUCUGUGUUCUGCAACCAAGCAUGAUGUAUAGAGUAAAGGGCUACUUAACAAUGCCAACUACAGUAAUACUGAAAACAGUCCAUUAGUAAAGGAUCCUUAUGCAGGUAAAUACAUGACUUUGUAGUCUACUGCCAACAUGCCUGUCAAACAGCGAGUUAACUAAAUAUGUGCACUAUUCAAUAGUGAAAUAUGGAGGGGCUGUAUUUCAUUGCAUACUUGUGUAAUAUCCCAUUGCGUGUGUCUGUAUGUAUGAUUCUCUCUUGCUGCUUCUGCUUACAUCAUUAUUUGCUUACAAACUAGCCCAGCAACUGCUUCUGAAAAGACUCUAUGCUGAAUUUCUGAAGCGAGGUGGUUUUAGGAAUGACCACUUGGGACAUGCCCCUGUAAUUUCAGCCCCCAGUAAAAUGCAAAAUCUCUUUACAAAGUUAGAAGGGGUCAGAAAUUACAGCCAGACACCACCUAGUGGACAGUAUGCAAACCUCCUCAGAAAUCAUUCAGGAGUCUUUUCAGAAGACAUUUUUUGCUGGAAUCGUUAGUGAACCUGUUAAAUUAUGAUCCGAGCAGAAUACAGUCAGGGCAGCGCAGGGGUCCCCGAGGGUUUUCCUCCGGUAAAGGCACGGCCGUGUGGUGUGCAGGGGGAGUCUCACACAGUCAGGGGAGCGCAGGGGUCCCCUAAAGUCUCCCCUGGUAAAGGCACGGCCGUGUGGUGUGCAGGGGGAGUCUCACACAGUCAGGGGAGCGCAGGGGUCCCCUAAAGUCUCCCCUGGUAAAGGCACGGCCGUGUGGUGUGCAGGGGGAGUCUCACACAGUCAGGGGAGCGCAGGGGUCCCCUAAAGUCUCCCCUGGUAAAGGCACGGCCGUGUGGUGUGCAGGGGGAGUCUCACACAGUCAGGGGAGUGCAGGGGUCCCCUAAAGUCUCCCCUGGUAAAGGCACGGCCGUGUGGUGUGCAGGGGGAGUCACACAGUCAGGGGAGCGCAGGGGUCCCCUAAAGUCUCCCCUGGUAAAGGCACGGUCUUGUGGUGCGCAGGGUGUCAUACAGUCAGGGGAGCACAGGUUCCUGGCUGUGUGACAGCACCAGUCUUCACUGGGGAUUCCAGAGGGAGCAGUGGCUCGGGCCCUACUGGCCAGACACCCAGUCUUGUGCUCCAGGGGGCAUUAGCUCAGCUCCACUGUGGCGCUGCUGGGUGUAAAGGGGCGAUUGGCUUGGGGAUCGGAAGACGCCGCUGACCUUCAGCUCCUGGGCUGUUGUGGGGAGUUAUCUGAUCAAGCUGAGCUAAACUGGAGUGUCAUAGCACUGUAGAGACUGGAAUAAACUACCCUGGAUUAUAUUUAAAAUGUUAAAAGGAUUAUAAUUAUUAAUUUAUAGUACAAAUGUAGUAUUUUGUGCUUCACAUGUUUUGUAUCUGUUAAUGACUGCUGUACUCCAAACCAGAUUGACUGAGACAAUCUGUCAAGUUUAGUAGGAAUAAAAUCAAUGUGAAAAGUCA